CUACGCGCUUUUUUGGUCGCCGGUUUUUACAGUCCGCACUUGGAAGGAUCGACAAAAUCUCGGGAAGAGUCAGGAAAACCCCGCCGGAAAUCGUGGUAUCCAUAGAGACGCUGUCGGAAGUUGAGGUUGCUAGGAGGCCUUGGGCGCAUCGACUGACAUGUCUGAAGUCUCAGGAGAUUAUAAUUCUGACUCCGAUGAGAGUCUGAGUCUGCAGCCUAAAAGAACUAAAUCUGGUAAAUUACAUAAUGCUAACGCAGACACCAUGUUUGAGGUAAGCUCUAAGCUGUCCCCAAAUACUGGCCGAGACCCAGGAAAUAUAGGAAAUGUGCCACUAGAACCAACCAGGCCACACAAGGAGGAUUUGGUGCCCGUAGGUAAAAAUCAUGAGGUGCCAGACCUACAACGACAGGACGUUUCAGUAGGUGUGUUCCAAGGACCAUCUACAAGAACAGGUACACAGCUACCAACAAAAAUAGAUCCAGAGCAGAAGACACCAGAUAUUCGAAGUGAAAAACUAAGAAAAUCAGUUGAAGAGGAAGCUCUACCUCCAUCCAAGAUGACCAAAUCGGAAAAGAAACAAAAAGAGUCAAUUAAAGGAAAAAGUACAGAGCCAUAUGAGGUAACUAAACCUAAGUUCCCAGACCGGAAGCUAAGGAAGUCUACUGAGGAAGCAGAUCUCAAACCUCCAGAGGAGCUUCACUUCAAGUUCACAGAGCAGUCAGGCACAGAGCAACCUGAGCAGACUAAGUUCCCAGACAAGAAACUAAGACAGUCAACUAAAAAGAAAGUCUCAGGGCCACUGGAGGAUUUUGAAGAAGAAUCAAGAAGAUCAAUUGAUGAAGCAAGUCUAGAAUUACCACAAAAGAGACCAUUAAAGGCUUCAAAAAAAGCACAAAAAAGCUCUUUUGAUGAAAAUUUUCCAGAGAUGCUAGAACAGAUUACUGCAGAACUACUAGAUGACCAAGAGGAGACACAAGAAGAGUCCAUUAAGGAGAAAGUUCCAGAAUCAUUAGGGGACAGGAAACCAUCAGCUCAAAAGCACAAGGUGAGAAAAUCAAGUGAAAGGUCUAAAUUAAAGGACACAGUAAUAGAGCCAAGUAAGGACAAGGACCCAGUGCUACAAACACAGACUGAAUUUCCAAAGGAGAAACUAAUAAAGACAACGGAGAAAACGGGUGACAAGCCACAGCAAAUAACUGAUCCAGACAUUCAAGAGAAGUCGCAGCCAGAACCAACCGAGAAAAAUCUAGAGUUACCAAAUAAACCCAAGCCAGGAGAGGAGAGAGACCUCCCCAAGGAAGACAAACCAGAAUCAAGCAAACCUAAGUAUCCUGCAGGCAAAGAUGAGCUAGCAUUACCAGCCAAGAUUAAAACUGAGUUUAUAGUAGGAUCUCCUAGAGAAAGUGUCGAAUCCUUCAGUACAUUGUACGAAACCCAGGAGUUCCUCAAAGACCUUCAGACUGACAUGAACGAACUGUUCCCAGUCAUUGCUGCUUCAGAGUCUCAGACAGAACUGAGGGAUUCUACAGUGUUACCCCAGGAGGUGGAGCUACUAGGACGUAAAGAAACCAAGCCAAGUCUUACCCCAGAGUUUGAGCAUCUUACCUGGAGCCCAGAAAGGGUUGCAGAGUGGAUUAGUGAUCUAGGCUUCCCUCAAUACAAGGAGUGUUUUACUGAAAACUUCAUCAAUGGUCAAAAACUCAUCCACGUAAACUGCUCCAACCUUCCUCAGAUGGGAAUAACUGACUUUGAAGACAUGAAGGCAAUAUCGUACCACACCCGAGUGCUGCUGGGGAUCGAGGAACCACUGUUCAGCCGCAGCAUCAGCCUUCCCUACAGAGACAACAAGGGCUUGUUCUUUGAGCAGAAAGGGCACAGUGGAGUAAAGUCUGAUUCCUUGACCUUGGCAAAAUUUGUUGAAGCAGCAGGAUUACAGGAGUAUAAUCCAGAGAUAAAAGCCGAGGAAAAGAAAGAAGACACAGUGCCAGAAAACACCUUGGAAGAAAAUGAGGAACUCUAUGAGGCCACUUAAAGAUGGGGGUGUGGCCUGACAGCAAUGCUGCUGAUCUGGGGUCACCCACACUUCUGUGUGUUGAACUGCCUGGGCCUGAUGACCCCUGGCCUACAUCAGAUAAGAGCAUGUCUUCGUCUGAUUGCAAUGAUUCUAAGAAUAAAAAUGAAGACAGAGCCUAGAGAGUCGACUCAGCAGUUCAGAGUGCUGCCUGCUCCUCCCCUGCCCUCUUCUAAUGUCCAUGAUCAUCUAACAACUGUGGUGCACACAAACUCAUAAAGACAAGCAUGCAUACACAGUACAUAAGACUUUAUGAAGUGGGGCUUAAAAUGGUCCCAAAAUAUCAGUCAAUUUCCAAAGUGUUUGUCUUCUUGGUUUACCAUCUGACCCAAAGGACAACACCAUGGAGCCAGGAACUGGAAGAGAAGAACAUGAACCAGGUAACUAGUGAUGUCAGUGAAAGGACAAAGGUGGCCUGAAAACAGUGAACAUAAGCAGCGCCAGGAAGGAAGAGCAGAGCCCAGGAAGGGAAUGAGAAUGAGUGUGGGACUGAGUGGAUUGGAGACCUUCCACUUACCUACAUUGGAGUUAAUGAACUAUUACGGGCUGGAGAGAUGACUCAGCAGUUAAGAACACUG